CAUGAUAUCCCAUUAUAGUAUUCGAGUUCUACGUGGUAUAUUUACUGCAUCAGAUCGUCUCUUCUUGUGCAGCCACAAUACCACGUUGAUCAUAUAAGUCAUUAUUAUGUCCAUUUCGUCCCUUCAGAUGUUGAAUGAUAACUCCACACAUAAGGUUCCUCGAACUGGCAACUUCCCCUGCUGCCUUCGGGACAGCGUGAUACCAUCGGAACCGACAGGUCUUCCCACACCGCCAGCAACCCCUGUGACCCGCUCAUUAGCAGAUCUUCCCGCACCUCCAACUGUCAGCUUCCCCUCCCGCCACCGGGAUAGGGUAAUACCAUCAGAGCCGACACUUCCUACACCUCCAGCAACCCUUGUGUUCCCCUCACCGGCAAAACUUCCCGCACCUCCAACAUUCUUCCAACACUCCAUACCGGCAGAAAGCUUCAUCACUACGCCAUGGUGGACAUAUCCUUCAUUAGCAGAAUACUGUAGCAUUCGAUCGAUACUUCUGCUAUAUUGGCAUAUCUUCAAUCUCGUACUCGAGUACGAAUGCAGACCUUCUGUUUACCACGUCCAGUGGAUGAAAACUGGAUGGAACAGGCCUUCAAUCAUCACCGAAGUUCCAUGUCGAGAUAGCAAUGGAAGCUUAAUGUAUGCCAUUGGUUCUCGGGCCCAUGGUCCUUCGGUAUCCCUUCUCGACCGACUUGCGCGCAAUAAGCAUAAUCACUGUGACUUCAGCAUCCAGCUGUUUCUGAUCUACCUCGAGCCUGCCCUGAAACGGAUUGGAGCGACGAUAACUUGGCUCACCGUCCAAUCUAAGCCUAUCAUCAUCCAUCACCUGGAAGGGGAACCGCCGGAUCCGUUUGUUCGCCACAGUGUCUUCAGCAUUACAACCCGAACCGGAGCGGAAUACAUUGCAGACUUUACGAUGGAGCAAUUUGGCUUCAACAUCGAGAAUUUGCUGAUGCACAAGAGUUAUUACGAAAACAUGUACACUACGCACCGACAGAAUCCACAGCCGAGUACUGAAGAGAUUGAAAAAGCACGGCGAGGCGAGUUUAAAGAUUGGAAUGGAAAGGGCUGCGUUGUGAGAGAAGUUUGUAGCAUUAUGACCUUACAUCGAUGGAACUCCUUGGAUGAAGGGACGAGGUUGCUGGCGUUGGAGAUUCUAGUUAGACAGAUUUCUGCGCGCCGAUGGGGUUGGCAUCCGGAUUAUUGUACCGACCUAACGUGUAGUGAACACUUCACACAUGCCAGAGACCGAACGAAUGCGAUGCCGCCUGCAGUCUACGUUGGUAUAGAAACGAAAGAUAGCACAAUCUUAACGUAAUGUCGACUUCUAGCUUGUUCACUUCUAUCAUUCCCUGUAGCUGGGCAGGUGUUCAACUUUUCCCCAGAAGGGGGCUGAGGAAUUAGCAUAAA